AUGGUUAUACUUUUAAGUGCAGAAUUUCGUUAUUUAAACCCCGUUUCCCAGGAUGUUCUAGAACGUCAGAUUGAUCUUUCGUUUACUCCGCAGGAUUCAGAUCUCGAUCUUGAUCUAGUUUUUGAAAUUGAAAAAUGUUGCAGUUGGAUCUGUGAACGAGGGUUGAGACGAGUAGCUCUUCAGUUCCCGGAUUCUCUUCUCAGUUUAGCACCAGCUGUUGCUGCACGGAUACAUGGUAGAAUAGAAGAUGAAGUAUUUGUGCUGGGAGAUACUAGCUAUGGUGAAUGCUGUGUUGACGAGGUUGCUGCCCAGCAUCUGAAUGCUGACGCUGUUAUUCAUUUUGGUCACACUUGUCUUACUCCGUCACAGAAUUUACCAGUCCUCUACGUGUUUACAAGACGAGAUUUAAACCUUGAACUUUUCUUAAAUAUUCUCAGCGAUAAGUUUACUGUUCAUGAUAAACUUCUUCUGCUCUACGAUGUAGAGUAUGAUCAUGUUAUCUCUAACCUUGAGGUUCCAGAUCUCCAUCUGGUGGUCGGAGUACCAUCAGAGGAAACUGAAAUCUUAUCUGCGGGUUGGAUCAGAAAAUUUGGAAGAAAAUUUAAUAUUGAAGGUUGGGAGUUAUUAAAAGAUUAUAAGGUUGUGUAUGUAAGUACUGGGGAUGGAGGGGAUUUAAAGUUGAUGAAUUUUAAUCUCAGUUUUGCUGGAAAUGAUUUUUAUGUAUACUGCAAUGGAGAAUUGGUUCCUGGGAACUCUUCAAUAAAUAAACUUCUGAUGAAGAGAUAUUUCCUUAUUGAAAAAGCGAAGGACGCUGAGCGUAUUGGUAUACUUGUCGGAACCCUUGGCACUAGCAGUUUUAACACCAUCAUCAAUCAAUUAAGGGCAACAAUCAAGAAAUGCGGGAAGCGCUGCUACACCUUUUUGGUCGGGAAACCAAAUGCCGCGAAGCUUGCAAAUUUCCCCGAGAUUGAUAUCUUUGUUCUCGUUUCAUGUCCAGAAACAGCUUUCCCGGAUACAUCGGAGUACUACCAGAAUGUGAUAUCUCCGUAUGAACUUGAGAUUGCUUGUAACUCCAACAGGGUGUGGGGAGGAGAUUAUAUCACAGACUACAGGGACCUUCUGUACGGUACCCCUGGGUUUAUUGAGCCUCCUGAGGUCCCUGGCCACCUCCCUGACGUGUCCCUGGUGUCAGGACGAAUGAGGGGCGGAACUGGGCGGGUGGAUGGAGAGGGUGGGGAACUAGUGGUGGUCAAUGAUAGAACAAUCGGUUUACUUCACUCUGGUGGGGGCGGGGAAUUUCUGGCCAACAGAACCUGGUCUGGGUUAGAGCAGAAGCUAGGUCAAACUGAGGUCGGAGGAAUAGUUCAGGGCAAAGAUGGGAUAGCUGCUGGAUAUUCUGAUGAACCCGUUUUAGAGAAAAAAUAAAUCAAUAUUUUCUAAA